CUCAAAAUACUACGUACUCGGUAUUUUUUUUAUGAACUUUGGUCUUUUGGAUCGUCUCCCGUAGUCCGGCGGGAAUCAUGCUGCACGGAGUUGACCGCCACCGGUAAAUGAUAUACGAAGCAAACACUCGUAUAUACGAGGAAUUUAGUACUCUGUAUUAACAAUCGGAGUCAUAGCUUCUUCAGUUCGUCGCUGUCUGUCUCAACCGCUUCGUCCUAAGACUAGCUACUCAGCUCACGGCGGAGGAUAGGAGUGGAGGAUAGUCCUUUAGAAGCGGAAACCGAUCGGAUCUCAGAAACAAUGGCGAAAGACUCGACGUUGGUGCACUCGACGUUGGUGACGUAUGCAUCAAUGCUCUCACUACUCAUAUCCUGUCCUCCUUUUGUCAUUCUAUUGUGGUAUACUAUGGUACAUGCUGACGGCUCUGUAUUGCACACAUGGAAUUACCUAUACCAGAAUGGCCUGAAAGGGUUCCUUGAUAUUUGGCCAAAGCCCACAGCAAAUUCUUGCAAAAUUCUUGCGUGUUAUGCAAUAUUUGAGGCUGCUCUUCAGCUUUUAUUGCCUGGAAAGAGGGUUGAGGGACCGAUUUCUCCAGCUGGAAACAGGCCUGUCUACAAGGCAAAUGGGGUGCUAGCGUAUGCAGUGACAUUGGCUACAUAUAUCAGCCUUUGGUGGUUUGGGAUAUUCAAUCCUGCAAUUGUUUAUGAUCAUUUGGGGGAGAUUUUCUCCACACUCAUUUUUGGGAGCUUUAUCUUCUGUAUUUUCUUGUACAUUAAAGGUCAUGUUGCACCAUCUUCCUCUGAUUCCGGCUCGUCAGGAAACAUAAUUAUCGACUUCUACUGGGGGAUGGAACUAUAUCCUCGUAUUGGCAAGCACUUUGAUAUCAAAGUGUUCACAAACUGCAGAUUUGGCAUGAUGUCUUGGGCAGUUCUUGCCGUGACUUACUGUAUAAAACAGUAUGAAGAAUAUGGGAGAGUUGCUGAUUCCAUGCUUGUGAAUACUGUAUUGAUGUUGGUGUAUGUCACAAAGUUCUUCUGGUGGGAAGCUGGGUACUGGAACACAAUGGAUAUUGCUCAUGACAGAGCUGGAUUUUAUAUAUGUUGGGGAUGCUUGGUUUGGGUUCCAUCAGUUUAUACCUCUCCUGGAAUGUAUCUUGUCAAACAUCCAGUAGAUCUUGGACUUCAGCUUGCACUUUCUAUUCUUAUUGCUGGAAUUCUUUGCAUAUAUAUCAACUAUGAUUGUGAUAGGCAAAGGCAAGAAUUCCGUAGGACAAAUGGCAAAUGCACUGUUUGGGGAAAAGCUCCAUCAAAGAUUGUUGCCUCUUAUAAAACAGAAUCAGGCGAGACAAAAACGAGCCUUCUGCUCACAUCAGGAUGGUGGGGUCUAGCUCGGCACUUCCAUUAUGUCCCUGAAAUAUCCGCUGCAUUUUUCUGGACCGUUCCAGCUCUUUCUAACCACGUUCUUCCUUAUUUCUAUGUGGUGUUUCUCACCAUCCUACUCUUUGAUCGAGCCAAGAGGGACGAUGAUCGAUGCAGAUCAAAGUAUGGCAAGUUCUGGAAAUUGUACUGUGAAAAGGUACCAUACCGAAUAAUACCAGGAAUUUACUGAGGUUUUGUUCGAUUGAAAUUUAAGUCUGCAAUUGUUUGUUGGAGGUUAGAAGACCAGAUCAACAAUCUUCGUCCUUGUAUAACUGAUGCUUCUUAUUUUUAUUAAACUUAAUACUCCGUACUAAUAAUUAUUGGGUGCAUAUACAAAUUCGACACUUUUAGCACUUUUGGCGUCGUCCCUCUUGGCCCGAUUAUAAUUUUCACUUUGUAAAAUAUCUCAAAGUAAAAAGUCUGAACUAAUCACUGCUUGUGUUUGUUACUUUGUAUGCCCUACUAUUUUUGGAAAACAGUUUGUUAGUUCCAUAUUGUGUUGGCAUUAUUUUUUGACAAACGAAUAGAUUUAUUUAGAAUUA